AUGGCUCGCGAUAACCUCUCCGUCCUGCUCGCUGAGCGUCCCACCACAGACAUCAUCCCCGGCCAGACAUUCUCCCAACAGACUGCCCCCGCUCCUACGCCGUCCGACCUCAAGGAUGGACAGAUCCUCGUCGAGACUCUCUACCUCUCGCUAGACCCUGCCAUGCGAGGAUGGCUGCGAGAUGCUCGAUCCUAUCUUCCUCCCGUUCAGAUCGGUGAGACAAUGCGAGGUGCCUGCGCUUGCCGCGUUCUCGCCUCCAAGAGCAAGCUCGCUAAGGAGGGUGAUAUCGUUGCUGGCUACCCGGGAUGGACAGAGAUCGCCAUCCUCCCCGAAGGCCGCUUUGAGCCCCAAGCCAACUUCCCCGGCGUCCAAGAGCCUCAUGAUAUGCUCUCAGCUCUGGGCGCUACCAGUCUGACAGCCUGGGUUGGCAUGACCCAGAUCGGUGACCCCAAGCCUGGUGAGCUUGUUGUUGUGUCUGGAGCUGCUGGCGCUACUGGUAGCGUUGCUGGUCAGAUUGCAAAGAUCAAGGGCGCUAGAGUUGUGGGUAUCUGCGGAAGCGACGACAAGUGUCGAUGGCUCACUGAGGAGUUGGGUUUCGACGUGGCUCUCAACUACAAGGCCGAGGACUUUAAGAAGAGGUUCAAUGAGGCGACCAAGGAUUACAUUGACGUCUACUACGAUAAUGUCGGCGGCGACAUCCUCGACAUGUGUCUCAUGCGAGCCAAGGAGCACGCCCGUUUCGUCGAGUGCGGCAUAGUCAGCCAGUACAACGCCGCCAAGCCCCAAGGACCCCGAGCCUUCUCGCAGAUCAUCACCAUGCGCAUCAAGAUGCAAGGCUUCAUCGUUCUAGACCACGUCAAGGACUACCCCCGCGCGCGGGCUGAGCUAGCAGGCUGGAUCGCAGAGGGCAAGCUCAAGAAGACCGAGACCAUCGUCAAGGGUGGACUCAAGGUUGCCGAGCAAGCCUUGGUGGAUCUUUACAAGGGGAUUAACACGGGCAAGAUGAUUGUCGAGAUUAAGAACCCGAAUGAGAGCCCUUCGAAGCUGUAA